AUGGCCUCUCCCAUCACCUGCCAUGUUCUCAACACCCUGUCCGGAACUCCUGCGUCCGGCCUCAAAGCGACAUUGACACUUCUCUCGCCCGACGGCAGCACAUCUGCCCAGCCUACAGUCAGCUUCGCUGCCGUCACAAAUGAAGACGGGCGUGUCAAAGAUUGGGAGCAAUCUGCCGGCAGGAGUGUGUCGGAUGUUAUGGAAAGGUACAGCCACGGAGAGCGAAUCGCUUGGAGCAUCAAGUUCGAGGUCGGUGCGUGGUAUGAAGAGAAGGGCAUCGAAAGCUUCUGGCCCGAGGUCGAAGUGAAAUUCUAUGUUAAAAAGGGCGAGCGGCAUUACCAUGUGCCCGUAUUGGUCGGACCUUGGACCUACACGACCUACAGAGGAUCUUGA